GGCGGCCCCAUGGGGCGCGCCCACACUUGCCCCCCGGGCUCGGGAGUAUGAAGUAGGGGCCUGCCAUGGGCACGGGAUCGGCACGUGGGGCCCGAGGCACAGCGGCGGCAGGACACGGGGGGGGGUUUCUCUUCACCUGGAUCUUGGUCUCAUUUGCCUGUCAUCUGGCCUCCACCCAAGGAGCUCCUGAAGAUGUGGAUGUCCUCCAGCAGCUGGGCCUCAGUUGGACAAAGGCCGGGGGUGGCCGGAGCCCCGCACCACCUGGUGUUAUUCCUUUCCCAUCCGGCUUCAUCUUCACACAGAGGGCCAGGCUGCAGGCUCCUACCGCCACAGUCCUUCCCCCUACCCUGGGCCAGGAGCUGGCACUGGUGCUAAGCCUCUGUUCGCACCGUGUGAACCAUGCCUUCCUCUUCGCCAUCCGCAGCAGGAAGCACAGGCUGCAGCUGGGCCUGCAGUUCCUCCCUGGCAGGAUGCUUGUCCACCUGGGGCCCCGGCAAUCUGUGGCCUUCGACCUGGAUGUGCACGAUGGGCAUUGGCACCACCUGGCCCUGGAGCUGCGUGGCCGCACGGUCACCUUGGUAACAGCUUGCGGGCAGCACAGGGUACCCAUCCCGCUGCCUUCCCAUAGGAACUCCACGCUCGACCCCCAGGGCUCCUUUCUCCUGGGGAAGAUGAAUGCUCGCGCUGUCCAGUUUGAAGGUGCGCUCUGCCAGUUCAGCAUCCACCCCGUGGCACAGGUUGCUCAUAAUUAUUGUGCCCACCUGAGAGAGCGGUGCCGACAGAUGGACACACACAGCCCCCAGGGGGGAGCCCUCUUCCCCUGGAACUCUGGCCUGGCCUUUGCUUUGCAUCCUGAACCAGCCUUGCUUGGUCUGGGAAACUUGACCAGAGCUCCAGCAACCCUGGGAACCAGGCCUAUAGACAGGGGACCCAUGGUGACUAUGACUCCUGCCAUGUCCACCAAGCCCCCGAGGAUUGUACCCCCAGGUAUACCCCAACACAGCUCUGCCCAGACCCCACUGGCAGCUGCCAAACAGUCAGCCAGAAAAGCCCCUUCCCCCUCGCCUUCAGAGUCAUUAGGCAGCUCCACCAGGGUUCUUCAUCCAGCUGCUGCCCAGCUGCUGAAGACCACAGCCACUAGGCCCACCAAACAUCCCCCUACCAGACCUUCUGCUUCUUCCCUUUCAGUUACCUAUCCAACCCAGAAAACAGCCACCCCUUCAUUCACAAAGCCCAUUAUACCCACCCAGAAGCCGGUGACCCACACCUCCCUCCCACCAUCUUCCAGAACCUCUAGUUCCACAGUCAGGCCUGUCCAGAAGACCUUUGUGAUGCCCCCACCUCUAGCGCCCAGCCCCCAGCCCCUGCACCCCACUGUUGGCUUAUUGAAGAAGUCUACUGUUCCCACAGUAGCAGAGUCUAAACCCAAGAUGAUGAGCUGGGCCAACACCAGUGCCCCUAAAACUCUGCCGCAGACUGCUGUGUCCCAGUCUCCUGUUCCCUACCUUGGCUCUGUGAGAGCCUCUCGGACCCUGGCUACUGCCCUCCCUCCACUGGGCAUUGGAAGUCCUAGAAUGGCUCCUCCCACUCGUGAUUCUGCUUCAACUCCUGCUGGGAGCAAGAAAUUCACAAGACUGGAAGCCUUCAAGAAAACCAGACCUAAGAGCAGCCCCCGGAAGCUUCUCGGCCCUGGGAAGACAGCAAGGGACAGCCCAAGAGAACUGACAACCAAGCCCAGCCGACUGACCACCCCAGCCCUGGUCCUUGCCCCAGCUCACCUCCAGUCCUACAGCCCUCAGCCAACCAGCAGCGGCUUCCCUUUCUUCCACAUGCCGGGCCCCACACCUUUCCCGAUGCUGAUGGGGCCUCCAGGCUCCAAGGGAGACUGUGGCUUGCCGGGUCCUCCUGGGCUGCCGGGAUUACCUGGAUCUCCAGGUGCAAGAGGUCCACGGGGUCCUCCUGGGCCAUAUGGGAACCCAGGCCCACCUGGCCCUCCAGGAGCCAAAGGACAAAAAGGGGACCCAGGACUCUCACCAGGACAGGCUCACAAUGGGGCAAAGGGCAACAUGGGCUUGCCUGGGCUCUCCGGAAAUCCAGGACCUUUGGGACAGAAGGGACACAAGGGCCAUCCUGGAGCAGCAGGGCACCCUGGAGAACAGGGCCAGCCAGGACCUGAGGGCAGCCCAGGGGCCAAAGGUUACCCUGGCAGGCAGGGGUUCCCUGGACCUGUAGGAGAUCCUGGCCCUAAAGGCAGCCGGGGUUACAUUGGUCUCCCGGGGCUCUUCGGCCUGCCGGGGUCUGAUGGAGAGCGGGGCCUCCCUGGUGUUCCUGGCAAGAGGGGCGAGAUGGGUAGGCCGGGCUUUCCUGGAGACUUUGGGGAAAGAGGCCCUCCCGGGCUUGAUGGGAACCCUGGAGAAAUUGGCCUGCCAGGGCCACCAGGAGUCCCCGGCCUCAUUGGUGACAUGGGAGCAUUGGGUCCAAUUGGCUACCCAGGACCCAAAGGCAUGAAGGGCUUGCUGGGCGGCAUGGGGGAGCCCGGACAGAAAGGUGAUAAGGGUGAACAAGGGCUCCCAGGUGUCUCAGGAGAUCCUGGCUUCCAAGGAGAUAAGGGCAGUCAGGGCUUGCCAGGGUUCCCAGGUGCCCGAGGGAAGCCAGGACCUCUGGGCAAAGCUGGAGACAAAGGCACUCUUGGGUUUCCUGGACCUCCUGGUCCUGAGGGUUUCCCAGGAGACAUUGGCCCCCCGGGGGACAAUGGUCCUGAAGGCAUGAAGGGUAAGCCUGGAGCCCGAGGCCUUCCUGGACCGCCUGGGCAGCUGGGAGCUGAGGGAGAUGAAGGACCUGCGGGGCCACCAGGAGUCCCUGGCUUGGAGGGUCAGCCUGGAAGGAAAGGGUUUCCUGGGAAGCCUGGCCCAGAUGGUUCGAAGGGAGAACCAGGGGAUCCAGGACGGUCAGGGCCUGUGGGUGAACAGGGACUUAUGGGAUUCAUUGGUCUGGUCGGGGAGCCUGGAAUCGUGGGGGAGAAGGGAGACCGUGGAGUGAUGGGACCCCCAGGCGCACCUGGACCCAAGGGGCUGAUGGGCCAUCCUGGAACGCCAGGUGGUAUUGGGAACCCUGGAGAGCCUGGAUCCCGGGGCCCUCCAGGAUCUCGAGGUCCACCAGGCAUGAGGGGCGCCAAGGGACGCCAGGGCCCUCGAGGACCUGAUGGACCAGCUGGGGAGCAGGGGUCCAAGGGCCUGAAGGGCCGUGUGGGAUCUCGGGGCAGACCUGGCCAGCCUGGACAACAGGGUGCAGCUGGUGAGCGAGGCCACUCAGGUGCGAGAGGCUUCCGUGGCAUCCCUGGCCCCUCAGGCCCUUCAGGUACCAAGGGCCUCUCAGGAGAACCGGGCUCUCAGGGACCUCAGGGGCCAGUUGGUCCUCCAGGAGAGAUGGGACCCAAGGGUCCGCCGGGUGCAGAGGGAGAGCCUGGCCUUCCUGGGGACUCCGGAAUGAAGGGUGACCUUGGACCUCUGGGCCCCCCUGGGGAGCAGGGCCUCAUUGGGCAGCGGGGAGAGCCAGGUCUUGAGGGAGACGUUGGCCCUGUGGGGCCCGAUGGGCUGAAGGGGGAGAAAGGUGACCCAGGGCCCGAUGGUGAACGUGGCGAGAAGGGCCAGGAGGGGUUGAAAGGAGAAGAUGGGCCCCCAGGGCCCCCAGGCAUCCCUGGCAUCCAGGGUCCUGAAGGGAAGCCCGGCAAACAGGGUGAGAAGGGCCAGAUGGGAGCUAAGGGAGCCAAGGGCUACCAAGGACAGCUGGGGGAGAUGGGCAUCCCUGGAGAGCCUGGGCCUCCUGGCACCCCAGGUCCUAAAGGGUCCCGGGGCACCCUAGGACCAGUGGGUGCUCCAGGACGGAUGGGAGCCCAAGGAGAGCCAGGAUUGGCUGGUUAUAAUGGACACAAAGGCGUCAGGGGACCUCUCGGGCCUCCUGGGCCCAAAGGUGAGAAGGGGGAGCAGGGUGAGGAUGGCAAGGCCGAGGGCCCCCCCGGGCUACCUGGAGUUCAGGGUCCCGUGGGUGACCGAGGAGACCGUGGGGAGCCAGGCGACCCUGGAUACCCGGGUCAAGAGGGAGUUCAAGGGCUCCGUGGAAAGCCGGGUCAGCAGGGCCAACCCGGCCACCCAGGACCCCGGGGGCAGCUGGGACCUAAAGGAUCAAAAGGCGAAGAGGGCCCAAAGGGAAAGCCUGGCAAGGCUGGGGCACCAGGUCGGAGGGGAACUCAGGGACUGCAAGGGCUGCCAGGGCCCCGGGGUGUGGUAGGAAGACAGGGCCCUGAGGGCAUUGCUGGACCUGAUGGGAUUCCUGGCAAGGAUGGCCGGCCAGGAUAUCAGGGAGAGCAGGGAGAUGAUGGAGCCGCUGGCCCCAUGGGCCCUGCUGGGAGAAGAGGAAACCCAGGUGUGGCUGGCUUGCCUGGAGCACAGGGGCCUCCAGGAUUCAAGGGUGAAAAUGGGUUACCUGGGCAACUGGGCCCUCCUGGAAAGCAAGGGACAGAAGGUGGAACAGGGCUUCCUGGGAACCAGGGGGAGCCGGGAUCCAAAGGCCAGCCGGGUGACUCUGGUGAGAUGGGCUUCCCAGGAGUGGCUGGCCUCUUUGGACCCAAGGGCCCCCCUGGAGACCUCGGCUUCAAAGGCAUCCAAGGCCCUCGGGGACCCCCUGGCUUGAUGGGAAAGGAAGGUCUCAUUGGGCCCCCCGGAAUGCUAGGACCUUCUGGACUCCCGGGUCCCAAAGGUGACAGAGGCAACCGAGGGGACUGGGGACUACAAGGCCCAAAGGGUCCUCCUGGUCCGAGGGGGCGGCCGGGUCCACCGGGUCCUCCUUGGCAUCCGGUCCAGUUUCAGCAAGAUGACCUUGGAAGAGCUUUCCAGACGUGGAUGGAUGCUCACGGAGCAGUCAGACCAGAGCAGGGGUACAGCUAUCCAGAGCAGCUUGUGCUGGACCAGGGAGGAGAGAUCUUCAAAACCUUACACUACCUCAGCAACCUCAUCCAGAGCAUUAAGAUGCCCUUGGGCACCAAGGAGAAUCCAGCCCGGGUCUGCCGGGACCUCCUGGACUGUGAGCAGAGGGUGGCAGACGGGACCUACUGGAUGGACCCCAACCUCGGCUGCUCCUCUGACACCAUUGAAGUCUCCUGUAACUUUACACAUGGUGGACAGACGUGUCUGAAGCCCAUCACGGCCUCCAAGCUGGAGUUUGCUGUCAGCCGGGUCCAGAUGAAUUUCUUGCACCUGCUCAGCUCUGAGGGGACACAGCACAUCACGAUUCACUGCCUGAACCUGACGGUGUGGCAGGAAAGCCCAGGACACCCCUCUACCAGACAAGCUGUGCGCUUCCGUGCCUGGAAUGGACAGGUCUUCGAAGCUGGGGGUCAGUUUAGGCCAGAGGUGUCUGUGGAUGGCUGCAAGAUCCAUGAUGGCCGCUGGCACCAGACACUGUUCACCUUCCGGACUCAGGACCCUCAGCAGCUGCCCAUUGUCAGCGUGGACAACCUCCCACCUGUCUCAUCAGGGAAGCAGUACCGCCUCGAAGUCGGACCUGCAUGCUUCCUCUGACCUCCAACCUCUGACCUAGAGGCUCCACUAAGUCUUGUGGGGAGAGAAGAGGCUGGGGGCAGUUAGUUCCAGAAGAUUCAGGAUGCCACCUUAGGACCCUGGUGCAGGCCCCAGAUGUUAUCUGCUCAGCAGGAAUUGAGAAAGGGUACCAGGCUGUACUAGGCUGUCCUGGAGAACCGCCAUCUCAGCCUAGCCCCAAGAACCAACCAAAGAGCCAAUCAGAGCAAGCAGAACUUGUAGCCUACUCCAGCCAUGGCCUCUUGCCCAGCUCUGCAGACGCCCCUUCCUCCCCAACUUCCUGCCCAAAGAGCCCCACCCCCAUUGAUGCCACCUCAAGGGAAGGGUGUGGCGUGUUGUCAGCUGGUCCCUGUUCGGGAGCUUUUGAUGUGCAAUAUUAGAAAGGAGACAUGAAAAAAAAGAGGAGAAAAGGAAAGAAAGAAAUCUAUCUAUAUAUAUUAUUUAAUCAAAGAGAAUAUGUAUUCCUAUUUUUUCACCUGGGAGAGGUGAGGAAGAACAAGAGAGCUGGGGGUGUGGAGAGACUGACCCCCAGGUUGGGGUGCUGUAUGCUACCUCCCACUGUGAAAUCGCUGGUGCUCACAAUUGUCUCUUGUAAUGUAUGUGAUUUUUUACGAAGAAAAAAAUAACCUUAUUUAAGAUUCUGAAGGUGCUACUAUUUUUGUUGCCACAAAGGCUUUGGAGAAACAUUUUUAAUGGGACCUUGUCCACAAUCUCUCUCUCCUGCAAAUGGGAAUUUAACAAUGUUACUAGUGCUACCCCUGUAAUCUGCUGAGGAGGAAGCAAAGGAAAAAGAAAAAAAGGAAAAAAGAAAAAAAAACAAAACAAAAAAAUCCUACCAGUAACCAGAAGUAUAGAGAUUCUGCUUCUGUUCUUGAGGAGGCACUCUGAUGAUAAUGUGGUCCUCCUUGCUCCUGGAGGGUUCAGUUCCCUUUAGAAGACCUGCCCUGGGAGAAGAUUCCUCGGAUCUGAGGAAGAGUAUCGGCUAGGGCUGACCUUGAAGGUGGAUGUAAAUAAGAAGCCAUUUCCAAAGACCCAAGAUCUUCCCUCCCAAGAGUCCAUCCUCCAAGCGCAGCCAACCUUCCCGCUUUCUCAGCAUUACACAGCUAUGUAGGGACCCACUGUCCUUUCCCCUAAGUGCCAAUGUGGGUGGAGAAGGAAGGACCGAUUUUGAGCACCUCAUCAGUCUCCACAGCAGUAACCUUCCAUGCAACCUACAUAGGUUGGGACCCCAGUUGGAUUUUGAAGUUAUUUUAACUAUGGAGUUAUUUUUAUAGAAGGUUGAUGUUACAGUGUCUAUUUGUGUGUUUCUAAAGUUGUGUCUUGUGGGGAAUUGGAUUUGCUUUUCAUUAUUUAAUACCUCCCCCGCCCACCCUCCCCAGACACUGCCUGUGUACCCCUCCCACCCCGCCUCAGGCCAGAUGAGCAUUGUCUGGUCCCCAUCUGAGUGCUGCUUCCUGUGUCCCCUUCCGUGUUUCCCUCCAGUCCGUUGAUGUGUGUUC